AUGAUAAUCAGCGGUUCGAUUGUCGCCAUUGUGUCCCUCCUCCCUACAGUCUGGUCGGUGCCGACAAACUACACCAACAAGCUGCCUACGUGUGGCGCGAACGAAUGUCUUACCGACGGCUACUUUGACGGCUGCGCGCCUGGCAACCUAGUCUGUAUAUGUAACUUGGAGCAAGACGAUGUCGACAGAUAUGUCAAAACCGUGCAGCCAUGCCUCGACGGUGAACCAGGCAAGAAGGCAUGCACUCUCGGAGCAGUUGCCAACUACAAACAGUUGCUCGCAGACGUUUGUUCAAAGCCCGAGUACGGCAACUUGAACAAGACUGUCUCGUUUGAGCCAGUGCAAUACCCUCCCCGGUGA